AUGGCCGAGAUCGCGUACAGCUAUUCGGAGGUGGACAAUCCUCUGCCCAGGAAGCGGGAGCGCCUGGAGGAAGAGGAGGAAGAUGGACAGACCUACGAGCAGCGGGUCGAAGAAUUCAAGAAUCUCACCCCUCGCGAGAGGAAGGUUGCCGAGUUGAGGAAGAAGCUGAAGCAGAGCAGAAAUGAGAAUCGAAAGGCAGUGAUCGAGGAAGAUCAGCGCCAGCAUGAUCCUCAGGCCGAGGCCAAGCGCAGAAAGCUCGAAUACUACGAGCAGCAGGAGUCCGAGCGUAGGGAGAUGGAGGAGAAGGGUGGCGAUUACGAGAAGAAGAAGCUCCUCAACACCACCGCCGAAGCCGCCGAGGGCUCGCUCAAGAAGAAGGAAAAGAAGAAGGCCCGCGCCGACUCCUCCUUUGGUUGGGAGAAGUUCGGCACGGACGCGCAGUACAACGCCUUCAAGAAGAGGCAGAAGGACAGCGGCUUCUCCAAGGAGGAGUACGAUAAGAAGAAGGCCCAGGUCGAGGCCAAGGGCGGAGACUUCUACAGGGAUGCCGACUAUCUGAGCUACGGCCAGGACUCGCAGGCCAUCUCACGCGACAAGGUCAACGGAAUGAGAAGGGAACUCGACAAAGUGUUCCAGCGCCGCAAGGAGUUCAGCAGGAGGAGGACGCACUUGGAGGAUGAGGACGUCACCUACAUCAACGACAGAAACAGGAAGUUCAACAAGAAGCUCUCGCGAGCCUACGACUCCUACACCUCGGAGAUCAAGCAGAACCUCGAACGCGGCACAGCUCUGUAA